ACAAAAUGAGUUGCUUCUCGUUCCUGAAAACCAUGAUGUUCGUUUUCAACGGCAUCAUAUUUUUGGGGGGGGCCGCCAUUCUGGGUAUCGGUAUCUGGGUGAAAGUGGAUGGAGGAUCCUUUCUCAAGAUCCUGGGGUCAACAGCGCCGGAGCUUAUGCAGGUGGUGAAUGUGGGGUAUCUGUGCAUGGCUGUCGGGGGAUUCCUCAUAUUAAUGGGAUUUCUUGGCUGCUGCGGUGCCGUUAAAGAGAGCAGAUGCAUGUUAAUGCUGUUCUUCAUCAUCAUCCUCAUUAUAUUCAUUGCUGAGAUAGCAGGAGCUGUGGUUGUGUUGGCGUUCUCCUCUUUGGCUGAUAUCUUUAUCGAUUACCUCGGCAAGCAGGCCGUGAAAUCCCUACAGAAAGAUUAUGGGAAAAACACCGAAAUCACCACGGUGUGGAACGCAACAAUGAAAGAGCUCCGCUGCUGCGGAUUUAAUGACUACAGAGACUUCAACAAUUCCUACUUUUACCAGCAGAACGAUAAGCAGUACCCGUCGGCGUGCUGCCCCAAAGCCAACCCCUGCUAUGAUUCCAACGUCAGCAUUGAAGUCAAGGGUUGCUUGGGAGCGUUUAAACAUUUCCUUACCCAGAAUGGCAAAAUACUGGGAGGCGUCGCUCUGGGAAUCUGCGGCCUGGAGCUGGCAGCCAUGAUUGUUUCACUGGUCCUGUUCUGCAAGAUCGGCAAUGACAAGUAAUGGGACGCCAGCGCAGAAGCCUCCAUCCCGCUCUACUAAAAGUGCACAAAUGUAUAGUGAUGACGAGUAUGACCCAAAACCAAGCUGAAGCCUCCACCGCAUUCUCAUCCUCUACUGGACUCGCACUGCAUUACUGGCAAGGGUUCCGCCGUCCGCAAGAACCUAGUGGGUCUAUGUAGACGGCACUGAUUAGAACCUCGGGGGCUG